UCUGCCUUCUUUCAAUAGCUGAAACCGUAAUCCUUUGUCUACUUUGUCUGGGUCGUAUUAGAUUCAAGAAUGUAUUUGCAACUCUUAUUCCUAAUCGCAUUCCAUUUAUUACCAUCAUAAAAUAAAUUUUUCCCUUCCAAUAAAUUACACAAACUCCAAUCAAGAGCGCAAUUCCUGCAAUGACUGCAAUUAUCAUUUUUAUUGUUGAUUUUAUUCCAAACGGGUCCUCCCAAAAUGUUUUUCCCUUUUCUAAGAUUUCGGUUGAUUUUGAAACAAUAACAUUUCCUUGGUCAAUUACUGUUUGGAUUGCUUUAUUUCCAUGGGCGAGAAUGGCUUUAACGGUUCCCCGGGUUGAAUUAUUUUCUUCCAAAAAUUCAUCCUCAGUCAUUUUCUCCUCCGGAAAAAUCAGCUCUGGUCGAUUCAAUCUUUUUGUAAGGUCCUGGAAAUUCUGAUCCAGUCUGGUUUGGUCUGACUCAAAUAUACUUCCCAAAUUAAAUAUCAGUGGGUUUUGUCUAUUUAUCCGUGGGCUACUUUGGAAUGUGUGCAUUAUUUUCAAUUCUUCUAUUUUAGUAUUAUUUAAAUCUUCCGCUGCGCCUAUUUUAUUUUUCUUCAAACAAUUUAUUUUAGUCCCUUCAGUCAUUAAAUCUCUACUCCCUGUUUUCAAAAAGUAUCUUUUCUCCCCCACUAUUACUGGCGUCUCCUUAUAACACUCUCUCCCAAUUGUUCUAUUCCACUCUACCACCUCUGCCUUUACUUGCUUGCACUUAUUUAUCUGCCAGCGAAUCUGACCCGUGGGUGUGUUUAAAAGGGCUGCUGUAAUGUCAUCUCUGUUGUACAGCGACCGAGCAGCUUGCUCUGGCAUUUCCCUUGCUAAAGCUCGCGCAAUCAUCAAUUGACUAUUCCUAUUGUGGCAGUCUGAAAUCCAUUUUUCCCGUGCCUCUAAAACUCUUUUCUGCUCAUUUUUCCAUUCCAAAUAGUUGAGCCUAGAAUUUGCGUGACUUUCUCCUUUGGGGUCCAGCCAGGGUUUUUCUGUCACUUCUCUUUUCAUUACCAGUGUGGUUGUGGUUCUUUCUGUCGUCUCUACCAAUUUCUCACUCACUGGCCUAAUCUCUACACUUUUACUUGUACUUUUUGGUUUUGGGGUUGUAGGUUUUAUUCUUACAUUUCCUUUCAAAUGCAUUUGAUUAAUUGGGGGUUUUAUCGUGGUUCUCAUUUCAAUUGUACUCUCCCUUACUCGAGUUGUGGGAAUCGUGGUCCUUGACGUGAUCCUCGGUGCCUCUGUUAUUUUCUGUGUAUACCAAAAUCUCGCAGUUGUUCCAGCUGUCGUUGUUGAGAUGGGCCUCCUUGUCGAGGUUAUCAUGGGUCUCCUGGUCGACGUAGUCGUCGACCUUCUGGUAGAUGUCGUGGUUGGUCUCAUCGUUGUGCUUCUAAUCGUUAUGGGUAUGGGUCUUGUCCGGGUACUGGGAGGGGUAAUUGGAAAGCUUCUAGUUGUGGCUUCACGAGUCAUUGUCAAAGGAGGCGGUGUGACUUUCCAGAUAUUCGUCGAACUUAUUGCUCUCGUCGUGCUUGUCCAAGUUUGGGUAGUAGUGGGUUGAAUGGUCGUCUCCACAACUCUAGGUCGUGGGGUCGUUUCAAAUAAUUUUCUAUUUUUUUUCAAAAAUCCGCCCGUUGAUUGUCUUUUCACUCUGGUAUUAUUUUCCUCCUUUUCUUUAAUUAUUUCUAUAUAUACGUCAUUUUCCAUUCUAAUACAAUUUUCUGGCAAACCGUAUAGAUUUUCAGGCAGCGUCGCGUUUUUGUGAUAAAUAAAUGAGUACUGCGUUUCAUCUACAACUAUAGCCUUUGGACUCCACACUUCGACAUUUACAGGGCCUAUUUUAAAAUGAGUGUUCCAGUAAGUGGGGUCUGGGAUUCUCCACAUCAAAAUUUCUUCAAAAUCUAGAUUUUUACUCCAUCCCUCUGUCUCGUCCUCAAUUCUACUGAUUAUAAACUCAUCUCCCCAAUUAGACACCAAUUUUCUCCCUUCUAAUAUUGCAGCCGAACCUUCCUCCAACGUAACUCCUGUCACAUUUUUACACCUAGUCCCAAAAAUAGAGUAUUCCUUUUCCCAAUCUGUAUAUGUCUGCCACGUAUUUUCCCCUCUUCUUUGUAACAACUGGUGGUCCCACGUAUCCCAACAUUCAUCCUUCGAAAUUUCUGAAAAAUAUAUAUUCGCGUCCUUUUCUUUCCGAUAAAUUCCAAAAUAAGAUUCCGUGCACAUGCGGAUAUUCCACCUAUGGCAUCUGAAAAUCGCAAAUUUCUUCGGCAAUCUGAUUGGCACA